CCAAUGAACCACCCAAAGGGGUUGGUCCAAGACACGUUAUAAAGAGGCAGGCGAAGGAGAAAGAGGAGGUGACAGGGAGGUACGCGGGGUUCCAGGCUUCUCAGCGACUGAACGGGGCUGCGUGUGCGGUCGGGCACCAACCAUGUGCGGUAUCUUUGCUUAUUUGAACUACAAAGUACCUCGGACAAGGAAAGAGAUAUUUGAAACACUGAUAAAAGGACUGCAAAGACUAGAAUACAGAGGAUAUGAUUCCGCAGGUGUUGCAAUUGAUGGGAAUAAUAAUAAAGAUAAAGAACGGUACAUCAAAUUAGUGAAAAAAAGAGGAAAAGUAAAGGCUCUUGAUGAGGAAUUGCAAAAGCAAGAAGACUUGGAUUUAAAGGCAGACUUUGAGACACAUUUUGGCAUUGCUCACACUCGUUGGGCUACUCACGGGGUACCGAAUGCUGUCAACAGUCAUCCGCAACGAUCAGAUAAAAGUAAUGAAUUUGUUGUUAUCCAUAAUGGAAUCAUUACAAAUUACAAAGACCUACGGAAGUUUUUGGAGACCAAAGGUUAUGAAUUUGAAUCUGAAACAGAUACUGAAACAAUUCCAAAAUUGAUCAAAUAUUUAUAUGAUAACAAAGAAACUGAAGAAACGAGCUUUUCUGUCUUGGUUGAGAGAGUCAUUCAGCAGCUGGAAGGUGCAUUUGCGCUGGUAUUCAAAAGUAUACAUUAUCCAGGGGAAGCUGUUGCUACCAGGAGGGGGAGUCCUCUACUUAUUGGAGUUCGUAGUGAAUCUAAGCUCUCCACAGAACAAAUUCCCAUUUUAUAUCGAACAUGUAAUAUAGAAAAUGUUAAGAACAUAUGCAAAACUCAAAUGAAAAGACUGGACAGUUCAACCUGCCUUCAUGCUGUGGGUGAUAAAGCAGUUGAAUUUUUCUUUGCUUCAGAUGCAAGUGCCAUAAUUGAGCACACCAACAGAGUUAUUUUUCUGGAAGAUGAUGACAUUGCAGCAGUGGCUGAUGGAAAGCUUUCCAUUCAUCGGCUAAAACGUGCUGCUACUGAUGACCCAUCUCGAGCCAUUCAAACUUUGCAACUGGAGCUGCAGCAAAUCAUGAAGGGGAAUUUCAGUGCUUUCAUGCAGAAGGAAAUAUUUGAACAACCAGAAUCUGUUUUCAAUACUAUGAGAGGACGCGUGAACUUUGAAACCAACAAAGUUCUUUUAGGUGGCUUGAAAGAUCACUUGAAAGAAAUCAGAAGAUGUCGUCGAUUAAUAAUUAUUGGAUGUGGAACCAGUUAUCAUGCUGCUGUGGCUACACGACAAGUAUUGGAAGAGCUGACAGAGCUACCUGUCAUGGUGGAACUGGCUAGUGAUUUUCUGGAUCGGAAUACCCCUGUAUUCCGAGAUGAUGUAUGCUUUUUUAUCAGCCAGUCAGGAGAAACUGCUGAUACGUUGAUGGCUUUACGGUAUUGUAAGAAUCGUCGAGCUUUGACUGUUGGCAUUACAAACACGGUGGGAAGUUCAAUAUCCAGGGAUACAGAUUGCGGUGUACAUAUCAAUGCAGGACCUGAAAUUGGCGUUGCAAGUACAAAGGCUUAUACCAGCCAGUUCAUUUCUCUCGUGCUGUUUGGUCUGAUGAUGUCAGAAGACAGGAUAUCCUUGCAAAAAAGAAGAGAGGAGAUCAUAAGUAGUUUAAAGUCAUUACCUGAGAUGAUUAAAGAAGUACUGUCUUUGGAUGAGAAAAUACAUGAUCUGGCGCUUGAACUAUAUAAACAACGAUCACUUUUGGUUAUGGGUCGAGGAUACAAUUAUGCCACUUGCUUGGAAGGGGCACUGAAAAUCAAAGAGAUUACAUAUAUGCAUUCUGAAGGCAUCCUCGCUGGGGAAUUGAAGCACGGGCCAUUGGCUCUUAUAGAUAAACAAAUGCCUGUUAUUAUGAUAAUUAUGAAGGAUCCCUGCUUUACCAAGUGCCAGAAUGCUUUACAGCAGGUCACUGCCCGACAGGGCCGCCCUAUUAUUUUAUGUUCUAGAGAAGAUACAGAGAGCUCCAAAUUUGCUUACAAAACAAUUGAGUUGCCACAGACAGUCGAUUGUCUACAGGGAGUUUUGAGUGUGAUCCCUCUACAGCUGCUUUCGUUCCACCUGGCAGUUCUCAGAGGAUAUGAUGUGGAUUUCCCAAGAAAUUUGGCUAAAUCUGUGACUGUGGAAUAAGUAUUGUAUUAUGAAAUAUAGCCUGAUCAUGUCAUAAUGCUAAGUUAGGCUUUGUUUAACCUAACUUUGGCUAGUUUCAGUGGCUAAACUCACCACAUGGCUUUUUCUUGGCAGUUUGAAGCCAUGAUCUGAAACUGAUUUUCAAAUCCUGAUUUAUUUUAAUCAACUUGUUAUGUCUAAACUCGGACUUCAGAGUUUUUGAACUUUGUCAGUGCAAUUUAAGAGUAGUUUUAAAAGGUACCAUUCAUCAGAAUAAACUGUUCUUCUUUUCUUUCCCAAAUCCUUAAUUUUCCUGUUAAUAUUUUUCUUUCCAAGGUGAGCUCUCUAUGUGUAAGGCAGAAACCAAGCAUCUCAUUUUCCUAAAAUUUCAAUUUCCAUUUCUCAGAAGGGAAACUAAUGAGGCUCAGUAAAAUGUCAUUAGGAAAGCACAUCUUAAUAAAAAUCACAAAACCUUAUGUACAUUUUUUUAAAAUGCAGCAAUCCAGAAGCAAAGCAUAUACAAUCCUUCUUUUCAAAAAGUAUAAAACACAUACAACAAGCCCAUUGUCCACAAGAACACAGGGAAAAUGCACAAUAAACAAACAACUUUAGAAAUAUAGGCACAACCACCCAUAUAAAAUAUAGGGGCACACCUACCAUUGCUACAGGCAGUCCCAUCCUUUAUGUGAUGUGGAUGCUUAGGAAAUGGUAGAGAAAGCAAUUAGGAAGAGUUCACAGGACAACGCAUGGUUACUUUUUGACAGAGAGAUUGAUUCUGGUUUGUUUAUCUUGUUUUAGGUUUCAAACAAGUAUUCUAAUUACUCUGACCCUUCACUUCAAACCAUAACUUUUUUUUUUACUGUGAGUUUUUUUUAAUAUGAGAGUAAUGAACUGAUAACCAGUAUAUUGUUCACUAGAAAUUAUUUGGAAAGAUGUCCUUACUUUUGAAAAAAAAAACUGCUUAAUGUGCCUUUAAAUAUUUGUCACAUACCUUACUAAGUGCUCUUCCUUGUAGUGUUACUGAACUAAUCAAAUUGCCAAAGAAAGAAAAAAAAACUGUUGUUUACAUAUGUUUAAUGAAUAGUGAGAGUUUUUUUUACAACUGUGCAAUAUAUGUAUAUAGCUUUCUUUCUGAGUUACUGUGAAUAAAUCAACACUAUGAGCAGCCUGAUGCUACACGUUUACUCAAACAGUCCUUAUGAAGUUGGUAGGAUUUGCUUCUGGGUAUGUGUACAUACAAUGGUUGCCAUGCUUUUAAAUACAAAUUAUUUAUAUAUACACAAAUGUAUAGCAUUUAAGUUAUUUAGCCUAUGGAUUACCUCUACUUAGAUAAUGCCUAAGAAUUAAUCCUAGGCUCAUUAAGUUUGUAUUGAUUUGUUGCAUUUACACAUCUCACUAAGGCAGAAUAAAUGAUGCAGUCACUCUCACCUGAGCCUCCUGCCAGAGCAGUUCAAACAACCAUAGAAUCCCAUUCUGUGGUUUGGUUAACAUAACUAAAUCAGGAACUCUCCGUCGUUUUGCCUGCUUACAAACCAGAGUUGGAAGCUAUAGGAGAGCCAAGCAGAAGUGUUUAAAGAUCACGAAUGAAUCUGGUUUAAACAUAAUAUGUGAAUGCAGUCUUUUGUAUAUUGACUAUUUUACUUUGGGCAGUUGUACUUUUAACUGAAUUUCUAUUGCAUUUACCUAACUUUUUAUAUUUC